AUGUAUGCGACACUCAUAACUAUCCUGGCGCUGAUUGCCGUUGCCUGUGGGCACGGUGGGCAUGUCAAGACAGGACUUGACGUUCUCAUUGAGCAUGAUUACACUCAACUCGCUGGGAAAAAGGUCAUUGUGCUCACCAACCCUACUGGCAUUACACCUCAGAUGGAUCUUGGAAUCGAUGUCAUGCAUCAGUCCGGCAAAGUGAACCUCGUGGGAGUGAUGGGACCCGAACACGGCUUUCGUGGAACGGCUCAGGCCGGAGGGUCCGAAGGCACUUUUGUGGACGAGAAAACUGGAUUAACAGUGUACAAUGCCUAUCUGGCGAACACAACAACUCUGAUGGGGUUUAUCCAGGCCUCGGGGGCCGAUACUGUCUUGUUCGACAUUCAGGAUGUGGGAUCUCGAUUCUAUACGUACAUCUGGGCCAUGUAUGACACAAUGGUCGCUGCAGCCAAAACCAAUGUCACGUUCAUGGUCAUUGACCGGCCAAAUCCUAUCACUGGGCUCGAUGCCUUUGGUCCCGUCCUGAACGAGUCGUUCGUCAAUACCUAUGUCGGUCGCCGAGCCAUUGCCCAAUCUCAUGGUAUGACGGUGGGAGAGCUUGCUCAUAUGUUCGUUGGCGAAGGAUGGAUCAAAGAAGCUUCAGGCGGUCGUUCACUCUCUCUGGAGGUGAUCAAGAUGAAGCACUGGAAGCGCCGGAUGACGUUUGAGGACACGGGCUUGCCAUGGGCCAUGCCAAGCCCGAAUAUGCCAACGUUGACAACGGCGAUGAUCUACCCGGGGACCUGCAUGUUCGAAGGCGUCAGCGUAUCAGAAGGCCGAGGGACGACGAGGCCUUUUGAAUUACUGGGCGCACCUUGGAUCAACGAGUCCUGGGUCUCGGCCAUGCGGGACUUGAAGAUUCCGAACACUGAAUACCGGUUCCAGUGCUUUACACCGGUUGCGGACGACUUCAAGGGAAAUGUCUCGUGUGGGCUGCAGACGUAUAUCACUGCAAAGACCACCGAGCAACUUCGGACAUUCGACGCCCCAUACGUGGGAACCGCUCUUUUGUACACAGCAAGGAAGCUCUUCACCGUCGGCAACACUACCAGUGACGGGGCAACCACUGGGGCCUUCCACUGGCUGUUGAACAAGGCUGACAAGUCAAAGUACGAUGUGGAUGUGUUGGUGGGAUCACCUCUUAUCAGGGAAGGGAUUGAAAAGGGGCUGCGCCCGGAACAGAUUCGAGAUGCUUGGCUACCAGGACUGCAGGCAUUCCGAGAGAAGCGCAAGAAGUACUUGCUGUACUGA